GUGUGUUCGUGUGAGAUGAGGUGGUGUGCUGCUAGUUUAUUCUACAUAUCGAGUUGUAGGCACUUGAAUGUGGACAGAACAGCGAAUGGCUCGUGCUGAAGAUGAUUUCCCAAUGAGAAAAAUAUCGAGCCAGAAUUUGGCCCAUCGUCUCCGCAAUCGCCAGAUAGAACACUGUCUUCCUGCUGCACAUUUCCAUGUAGCUCGUUUGUUUUACGAGUGCAUCUUCCCUAACUUCACCAUUAUUAACAUUCAAAAACCAGCAUCGUUUCUUCGAAAAUUUAGCCCGGACGGCUGCCAUUUUAUUUGUUUCUCUGUCGAUCAGAGUUCAUUAGAAAUCUAUGAAUAUCGUGGUCCGGCAUCAGGUGUUCAUCUGCUACAUAACAUAGGCAAUGAUGCAACAGAACUAAAGCAGAAUCUGUUUUCUGUCAUGUUCAGACAAAAAUCGGUAUGUCACAUGACUAGAGAACGUGAACAUCUGAACAGAGAAUGUAGUCUCUUCACCUGCGAUGGUCGCUUCGUGAUUGUGGCGUCGAGUGCCCUUGUUCGAGAAAACCCGUAUCCUUUUUUCUAUGAUGCAUUUAGAAACAAUGAGUCGCUACCACACACAAAUCGAACACAAUUAGAAGACUACACUCUCCACAUCAUCAACCUACAUACUGGAGAGUUGUCAGAUUUGAGACAAUUCAAGUGUGACAAGAUCUACUUGUCUCACAAUCAAGGCCUGUACAUGUAUGGGGACACGCUGGCGGUGCUGUCCGUCCAACAGCAGACCAUCCAUAUGUUUAAAAUCAUCGACGGCAAGUUUAUGGACAUGCAAACUAUUGGUCGCUUCUGUCACGAAGACGACGAAAUGAUUUGGUCUCAAGCACACUAUGAGCAAUCACAGUCAACAACAGCAGCAUAUCAACCUAACUCAUUACCUCAACCAUUCAGACCAUAUAAUGAGAAAACCAUAAACACACUGAAACAUCGACUCCUUGCCUUCUUGUGGCGUACCACAGUUCUAUCUGAAGAGGAAGGCAUGGCUCGAUCAACAGCAGCUCGUCUCUUCUUCAAGCAAUUUGAGCAUUUCAGACAGCUGUGUAUGUGGAAGAUGCAACUACUGGAUGAAACUCAUCUCCUCAUCCGCUACGCAAGUGAAGACGUUGUUCUCAUGAAGGUCGCAGAUUCCAACUCUCAGCCAUCUCUCUUUGUCAUUUACAACAUCGAAUCAACAGAGAUCGUUGCCGUCUAUGACAACAUGUCACAACAAAUGUACUCUCUGUUUGAGAAUUUCGCUGAUCAUUUCAGGAAUGCCAUCCCACCCAAUAGACCUCAGUUUACAUGCUCGUCAGCAAGUAACCUCUAUGCAUAUAACAGUCAGUGUCGUUUCAAGUCGACGAUAACUAAUGCCAAGUAUGGGGGAUCCAGUGAGGCCAUAAAGCGGCUCUUGGCUCAGUUGCCUAUCAGUGCUCAGUCAUAUAGUGCUAGCCCAUAUUUGGACUUAUCGUUGUUUAGUUAUGACGAGAAGUGUGUGUCUGUGCUGGAACGACCAAAGGCAUGUGGAGAUGGACCUGUAAGAUUCUAUAGUCGGAGUUCUGGUCUUCUCAAGUACUGCAUCCACACGAGGUAUCUACCUCCACUUCAGGGCCAAUUCUUCUCACGCCGUCUUGUUGCCUUCACUUUCCAUCCAACUGAUCCAUUUGCGAUUUCAGUGCAGCGAAUAAACGGGGAGUACAUGGUUAGCUUCCACAUUCGUUAUUGUGGUGAGAGCGAGACCGACUACAUAUGAAAUUAAGAACUACAGAAGGAUAAUUUUGCACUGAUUUGCUUUCUUUCGCUGGUCAAGACAAAACAUAGAUACGUAAAACAAUAAAUGAGAUUGACCACA